AUGGGCUUACUUACAGUCCUGGUGUUUAUGGUAAUAGCAUUCCAGACACAGUGCACUGAAGCAGUUAGCAAGGAUGGAACCGUUCUACUUUCUCUUCUCAACAAGUUCACUGCACCUCCCAACAUUUUCAGUAGCUGGAACUCCUCCGACAACUACCCCUGCCACUGGAAAGGAGUCACCUGCCAUCCUCAUCACACGGUAAGUGCACUCGAUCUUUCUCAAUCCCAACUCUCUGGAACGCUGUCUUCGGCCAUCUGUGGUUUACACAAUUUGAAAGAACUGUAUUUAGCUUCUAACAGCCUGUCUGGUACCAUUCCUCCUGAGCUAGGAAAUUGUACAGAGCUAGAACAUUUAGAUCUCUCAAACAAUUCAAUCCACGGGCAAAUCCCUGUCCAACUGGGUAGCAUAAAAAAUCUAAGAUCUCUGUCGCUCUAUGAUAAUUUCCUCAACGAAAGCAUUCCGCUCUCCAUUUUUGGGCUUCGCCAGCUGGAGGUGAUUUUUUUGGUUACCAAUAAUUUGACUGGAGAGAUCCCGUCAAAUGUUGGGAAUCUCACCCACCUCUCCAAAUUAUGGCUGGGGGAAAAUCCCUUGGUUGGAGAGAUACCCUCAUCCAUUGUCAAUUGUGAGCAUCUAACAGAACUUUAUGUGUACGAGAAUCAGCUGGUUGGGGAGUUGCCACAAUCUCUGGGCCGUCUUUCGAAAUUACAAUAUCUGUAUGUUACUUCCAAUAAGCUUGGAGGUCACAUCCCCAAAUCACUUGGUGACUGCACAAAUCUCAUUCAAGUUGAAUUGUCCAACAACUCUUUCAGUGGAGAAAUACCAUGGGAAUUCGGCAAGCUCAGCAAUCUCACCUGGAUUUAUGCCACCCAGAAUCAGUUUACAGGGCGCAUACCAUCCUCGCUUGGAUCGCUGCACCGCUUGACCCAGCUUUAUUUGAACCAGAAUUUGCUCUCCGGCGCCAUCCCAGCAGAGCUUGGGAAUUGCAGUCUUCUGGAGGAGCUCAGCUUGCAUACAAACAAACUUGAGGGGUUCAUUCCUCCCGAGUUGGGUCAACUGGGGCGUUUACAAAUUUUGCUCUUAUCUGACAAUUCAUUCAAUGGCUCAAUUCCUCCCCAGCUUUUCAGGGCAAGGAGCUUACGGGAACUGUAUCUCCACAAUAACAGUCUCACGGGAAGCAUAUCCCCAAAAAUUUGCAACCUCACGCAGUUACAGUACCUAUAUUUGGAGGAGAACCAGCUAUCAGGCCCAAUACCCGCAGAGCUUGGGAAUUGCAGUCUUCUGGAGGAGCUCAGCUUACAUAGAAAUAGACUUGAGGGGUUCAUUCCGCCCGAGUUGGGUCGACUGGAGCGUUUACAAAUUUUGCAUCUCCGCAACAACAGUCUCACUGGAAUCAUUCCUCUAGAGAUUGUUCGAUGUCAGAGCUUGAGGAAUCUGAGUUUAGGACACAACAAUCUAAGUGGCGUUAUUCCUUGGUGA